AAUACAAUAACGCCGAAGUCCCCCACAGUCUCUUCUGUCAUUCCUCUAGCCAUUGCCUCACCCCGGCGAUGUGACUGAUCCACCUGCCAGCCUUCCUGUAGCGGCCCGUCCCUCCCAACCCACACCUGCCUACUCCCAACGACCACAGCCAGGCAUGGCAGGAGAGCUGAGUGUCUGAAGGGUUGUCAUGUUGGGCUUUCUUUGACACUCUCCCUCAGGGUCAAACACACUUACCCCUACACAUGAGAAACACUCUUACCCUUGGCCACGAUGGACCGUUGGUUCUGGUGUGACUCGAGCCUUGGUCCCGGUGAGGCUGUGGCUGCCUCGGCAAAAUCUAUUCGACUGUAUGAUGGAGACAAGAAGACAGGAUAUGAAGAUGGCCACCUCACACUCACUAAUCAGAGGCUGCUGUGGCGCCAUGAGAGCCAGUCGUCAUCCUUGGGGCUGCCACUGAGCCUGGUGGUUCUUAUUGAGGACGAGGCUGGUGGUUUCACUUCUAGUCCAAAACUUGUACUGCACUUGGCCAGUCCUCCACCUGGCCAGCCCUCAGGCCCUAUUGCCUCCAGCCAUGCUUCCUACGUGAGGCUUUCCUUUAAGCACGGUGGCUGCAGCAGUUUCCAGCAGGCCCUUCAGAAGGCACUUGAGGCUCGAGCAUGGGAAGCAUUGAGCACACCUCAGCCAGCCAACAGUGUGAAGGCCUCAGGAGCAAAGAAGAUCCAUACAGGCAUUCUGGGCAUUGAGCGGGACAUCCAGAAAAAGCAGGAGGCAGCCAGCCAAAACAUAAGCCGUGCCUUUGAGGACUUGAAGAACCUUAUGGAUCUAGCGAAGGACAUGGUGAGCCUCUCACGCAGCAUCUCCAACAAAAUCAAAGAGCACUCAGUCUCAGCAGAUGACACCACACAAUUCAGGUCAUAUCUCCUAAGUCUGGGUAUUGAUGAUCCUGUGACUAGGGAAAAGUAUGGCUCAGCAACACAGUACCAUCACCACCUGGCACGUGAGGUUGCUGGGGCCUUGGAGGAGCCUGUGGAGGAGGCUGGAGGAGUGAUGCUUCUCUCGGAAGUGUACUGCAGGAUUAAUCGGGCACGAGGCCUCCAGCUGCUCUCCCCCGAAGAUGUUGUGCAGGCGUGCAGCCUCAUGCGGACACUAGACCUGCCUCUGAGCCUGCACACAUUUGAAUCAGGAGUCCAGGUGGUGCAGAUCACUGGCUUGGACCAGGACAAGGUGGUGAAGGACACAGCACUGGUGUUGUCAUGCCAUGAAGUAGAUGGUAUGUCAGCUGGCGACCUGGCCAGGGAGUGUGGCGUUCCUCUCCUGUUGGCACGAGAGAGGUUGCUACAGGCAGAGUUGCAUGCCCAGGCUGUGAGGGAUGAGUCCAGCGAGGGACUGAGGUUUUACCCAAAUUUGUUCUUCUCCCGCUCCUAGCCCCUUAACAUCCCUCCAGACUGACUCACCUCGCAUCAAGCUCUUCCUCCGCCCACUGGGGACUGGCGAAGUGUACACCAAUUCAUCAGACUUUCCUCAGGUUUGCUGAUCUGUUACUGUCUGAGGGAACUGCAGUACACCAGCAGGAAACAACAGCAGAACCUGGUAUGCUAGGCCUUCUUACUCAGUCCUUCAAACAAACUUGAGAAGCUGACCACAUGGGCGGAGGCUGUGCAGUCUCUCAUUCUGUCGGCACAAAAUAAGGGAAUAGGAAGUGUAAUUACCACUGAUAUACAAAGCCACAUAUAAACUGCUCUUGAUGCAGGACAGUGGGUGAAUAAAACACCACAUUUUGCAAGAUAAAGGAGUGUCUGCCACUUUAAUACACUCCCUAUUGGAAACAAGUAAUGAUAUCUUUACAAUCCAGAAUAAUAGUUUUGAUUAGUCACUUCCUGCUCUUUUCUUUGUUCCUGCAUGAUGGCCAAAAAUUUAGUAAGGAAGAUGAGGAUAUUAUUUGUAUUUCUAAAGACCAGUUACACGUCCGACAGAAGUAGCAGAGUUCAGUUGAGUGCCUCGAAUGCCAAGCUUGGCUCUGAUGCCAUACCAUGUGGAAAACUGAGGCUGUGCUAUGUAGUAGGCUGGGAGUGAUGCCUUACAUGAUUGUAUGAAUUAAUUAGCCUAGAUUUGUUAAUAUUAAGCUGGAAAGUAAUUGUUUUUUAUAGCGAGUUAAGCACCAUUUGUCACUGAUUAGCCAUCAGUGAACUGCUGUAUCUGCUCAUGACCUUCAAGCUUUUGUGUUGUGGAAUGAAGAGUUCAGUAAUUGUUGUGAAAAAUUAUGAUUAGCAAGGGUGGAGUUAUUAUUUUGAGGGUUUGCUGUGUGGUGCCAUACACUUACAAUAAUAAGUACCCUAUCUGCAAUGUUUGCAUAAUUCUUUUGUAAUUUAGGAAGAUUGACAGAAUAAACGUGAGGAAAUAUCGUAAUUCUUGUAUAAAAAACAAUAAAUGAAAGUUAAUUUGUUAAGUUCAUUAUUUUAUAAAAUGCAUAAAUAUCAUGAAUUAUUGUGACUUAAGAUACCAGAAUAUCACUUUCUCCUUAUAUGAGAUGAAGGAAUGAAAGGAAGCUGUUUGUCAGACAGGUACAUAGUCACCUGGGAAGCAGGGUUAGCCCACUCCACUUAGCAGCUGUGGAAGUCCCCAUGAUCCCUGCCUGGGCCCUUGAGCUCUUAAUGAGAUGGAAAUUUCUUAAAAAAUUCUGACCAUUUUGUUAUAAAAGAUCGGAUGGUAAUUGUCAAGAAACGUGAUUCUGAUGUUGUCCUUUCAUAUUGUGUUGGUUCUGAUGGGAUGGUCAUCCAAUAGAGUGGGCAUUAUCAUAAACCUUUGCUAAGAAAUAAAACCAUGUUAGUUGUGGGGCAGGGGACCAAAUCCAGAUUCUGUCUAGAGCAACCACAAGAGUUGGAGUCCAAACCUCUGAUGGCAAGCCCUGAUGGGUUGUGCAGCACAUUUUAGAUGGUGCCUCAGAUGGUAUGGUGUUAGCUUGUGAUUGAGCAUGUUAUUCAGAUGAUAUGAAGUGGAUUAUGAAGUGCUGAUUCAAUAAAUGCCUGCAAAAGCUUUAG